GUUCAUGGGUCAUUCGUCUCCAAGCUAUCCUAGAGCUCUCGGUGCUAUAUCGUCUCACGUAUGCCCUCGAACCGUUCGCCAGCAAGCCACUCCCGCAGGCUCACUCAGAUUCAAUGGCAGACUACUCCAAUGGUAACAAUGGCGAUUUGAGCGGCAGCGAUGCCAAAGAACGCGGUCUCAAUGGCAGCGGCCCAGACACAAGCCAUGACUUCUCUGCAGAUGCCAUUGAGCGCAUCCGCAACGCGAGUACAAUCAACAUGACGCCGGAGCUUUUCGAAAGAUUGUACCUCCAGCCUCCUACUAAAGUCAAAGGCGAUUUACGCAAGACGUUUGGCAAUCCUACUCCGCUUGCUCUGACUGGCUUCGUUAUUGGCCUUACGCCGCUUUCGUGUCAACUCAUGGGAUGGCGAGGUUCUGGAGGGCUUGGUAGUGGGACGAUUGGUGUCUACUACUUUAUCGGCGGCCCAUGUAUGUGGAUCGGUGGGCUUCUCGAAUGGUUCCUCGGCAAUACGUUCUCCUUCGUGGUCUUCUUCUUCUACGGUGGAAUCAUGUUCGGAUGGGGAGCAACACUGCAUCCUUUCUACAAUGGCGCCGGCGCAUACGGAGUUGACGGCACGUAUCGCGCAGGUCUGGCAGCGGACGGGUUUUGGGCAAGUCUUGCAUUUUGGCCUGUAGCAGCCGGCAUGAUCAGCUUCGUGUUCAUGAUCGGCGCCUCGAGAAUCAACGCAGUCUUUGUAAUGGUCUUCCUCAGCAUCGGAUUGGGUUUCCUCCUCCUUGCGGCUGCCUUCUGGGAACAGGCUCUCGGAGACGCAGACAUGUACGACACACUUCUUCAGGGCGGUGGUGGCUGCUGGUUUGUCUGCUCCCUAUGCGGCUGGUAUCUUCUCUUUCAGCAGAUUCUGGACUCCGUCGGAUUUACACUCCAGCUCCCCGUCGGCGAUUUCAGCAAGUUCUGGGCUCGUCGCGAGGGCCGCGUUGAGCUUGUUGAGCCUGGAGCCGUCGCUUAA